UUCAAGCAGCCCCUCCCCUAGAGUGGGUGGCACUUUUCACUGGUAACCACCUACAGAAAAGGAAGGCUUGCCGGGAAACUGCUGUUUGCUUGACUGCCUCCACUUCCUGCUGGUGAGAGCAUUAAUCCCUGUUGCAGCUGUCCAUCCUCACUGACAUCAGACUCUAGUUUCUUCAGGAUCCAGUGCGUACUGAAGAUCAGUAGCUCUCCAGGACUCUUCCAGGCAUCAGAUUUGGAAGUGCUGAGGGAUCUGGCUUUUGUUACCUGAGCAGCUCCCAGUUUCCAGCCAUUGUGGGACUGGGCUGUGCGGACCCACCCAGCACACUCAGGGGAUAACAAGAGAUGGAGAAAUCAGAGGGAAGAAAGUCUGUUUCCCAGGCCACAGCGGAGAAUGGCAUGGAGAACCCAGGGCUGGAACUCAUGGAAGUCGGAAAUCUUGAGCAAGGCAAAAUACUGGAGGAAGUGACACAGGGACACAGCCUGGAGGACGGCUUGGGGCAUUCCUCUCUCUGGAGGAGGACUCUUCAGCCUUUCACCAAGGCGAGAAGUUUCUUUGAAAGACAUGCUGGUUUAUUCAAAAAGAUCCUGCUUGGUCUCUUGUGUUUAGCUUACACUGCCUACUUCCUGGCCGCUUGCAUCCUGAACUUCCAGAGGGCGCUUGCCUUGUUUGUCAUCACCUGUCUUGUGAUCUUCAUCCUGGUCUGCCAUUUUCUGAAAAAAUUCUUUGCUAAAAAAUUAAUAAGAUGCUUGAAGCCCUUGGAAAACACCCGCCUGAGACUUUGGGUAAAGUGGGUGUUCGUGGGAGCUUCUGUUGUUGGCCUUAUCCUCUGGCUGGCUCUCGACACAGCUCAACGGCCAGAGCAGCUGAUCUCCUUCGCAGGAAUCUGUAUGUUCAUCCUCAUCCUCUUUGCCUGCUCCAAACAUCACAGUGCGGUGUGCUGGAGGACAGUGUUUUGGGGCCUCGGCCUGCAGUUCAUCUUUGGGAUUUUGGUCAUCAGAACUGAACCUGGAUUUAAUGCAUUUCAAUGGCUGGGAGAUCAGAUCCAGAUUUUCCUGGCUUAUACUGUGGAAGGAUCCAGUUUUGUUUUUGGUGAUACACUGGUCCAAAAUGUUUUUGCUUUCCAGUCUCUGCCAAUCAUUAUUUUCUUUGGAUGCGUGAUGUCUAUUCUCUACUACCUGGGCCUUGUGCAGUGGGUGAUUCAGAAGAUUGCCUGGUUCCUGCAAAUCACCAUGGGUACUACUGCUGCAGAGACUCUGGCUGUGGCAGGAAACAUCUUUGUGGGGAUGACAGAGGCACCUCUUCUCAUCCGUCCUUACCUUGCAGACAUGACCCUGUCUGAAAUCCAUGCAGUGAUGACUGGAGGCUUUGCUACCAUAGCAGGCACGGUGUUGGGAGCCUUCAUAUCCUUUGGGAUUGAUGCGUCGUCCUUGAUUUCCGCCUCAGUGAUGGCUGCCCCUUGUGCACUUGCCUUGUCCAAACUGGUGUAUCCAGAAGUAGAAGAGUCCAAGUUCAAGAGCAAGGAGGGAGUGAAGCUGCCUCGAGGGGAAGAGAGGAAUAUCCUGGAAGCUGCGAGCAAUGGAGCCACAGAUGCCAUAGGCCUUGUUGCUAAUGUUGCAGCCAAUCUGAUUGCCUUUCUGGCUGUAUUGGCCUUCGUCAAUGCUACCCUCUCCUGGCUGGGGGAAAUGGUGGAUAUCCAUGGACUCACUUUCCAGGUCAUCUGCUCCUAUAUCCUAAGGCCCAUGGUUUUCAUGAUGGGUGUGCAGUGGGCAGACUGCCCACUGGUGGCUGAGAUAGUGGGAGUCAAAUUCUUCAUAAAUGAAUUUGUGGCCUAUCAACAACUAUCUCAGUACAAGAACAAACGUCUCUCCGGAGUAGAAGAGUGGAUCAACGGCGAGAAACAGUGGAUUUCUGUGAAAGCUGAAAUCAUUGCAACAUUUUCCCUCUGUGGAUUUGCCAAUCUUAGUUCCAUAGGAAUCACACUGGGAGGCUUGACAUCCAUGAUGCCUCAACGGAAGAGUGACUUGUGCAAGAUUGUGGUCAGGGCCCUGUUCACAGGUGCCUGUGUUUCCUUUAUCAGUGCCUGUAUGGCAGGAAUCCUCUAUGUUCCCAGAGGUGCUGAAACUGACUGUGUCUCAUUCCUAAACACACAUUUCACCAACAGAACCUAUGAGACAUAUGUGUGCUGCAGAGAGCUUUUCCAGAGUACUUGGUUGAACGGCACCAGCAUGCCUUCUUUCUCAGGCCCCUGGCAAGACAAGGAGUCCAGCCUCAGGAGUCUUGCCAACUGCUGUGGCCUCUACACCAGCACUGUGUGUGCAUGAAGCUGGUGGGGCCAUUCCAUGAUAGUUCUUAUAGAACAGAUUCGUAUUACCAAAUACAUUUUCAUGUACUCAAGCUGUCCAUUCUCCAAGAACCGCACUAAACUCCACAAAGUGCAAGUUCUGAGCUCAGUGUAGCUCUGUAUAAAAAUCAGCCCCCACCUUUCCACUGCGUGCCGCAUACCAGAUGUGAAAUUCAUUAUAGACCCUCUUGAGCCAAAGUAUGGUGGGAAUAUAGCCAAGGGGGAACGUAUGUGUGUGGUAAGAUCGAGGUUCAACCCCUGUCCAGGCCCAGAGUGGAGAGAGUGGGGAAAUCAGAGUAGAUGCUUAUUUCUAGUUUGGGAAUGUUGGCACACCCCUGUGGUCUCUUACCUGUAGGCUAAAGGGACUGCCUCGGAUUCAAGGCAAGCCUGGCCCAAACCCCGAAGUAUCUCAUCGAAGUGAUAGAAUAGAUGACAUAGAAUAGGUGCCCUCCUGCAUGGGUGGAGGUGAGGGAGGGGAUUUAAAGAUAAACAGGUUUUGUAUUGCCAAAGAUUUAUAAACGUAAAAACUCCUUUUAUUUUCAUACAGUAAUAAAAGUGCUUCUUUUAAUAAGG